AGCAACUGAAUUUAAACGAGUCGUCUUCUUCCCUCUGAAAAAAAGAGACGUCACCACAACACGCAACCUCCCGGGACACUGUCGACAUGCCGAUGCUAGGAGGAAUCCCCGGCCACCCCAAGAGCAAAGUGCUCUUGACAGGCGGCACCGGCUUCAUCGCCUCACACAUCCUCGACCACCUGCUCGAAUGCGGCUUCGACGUCGUUGUGACUGCCCGCUCGCAAGCCAAAGGCGAACGCAUCCUCGCCUCCAUCGCCAACGCCCCCAAUAUCGUCAAUGCUGUCGGCUGCAAAGUCACCUACGCCGUGGUCGCCAACGUUGCUGAGCCGGGUGCCUUUGACGAGGUCAUCAAAUCCAACUCUUUCACCUACUGCAUCCACACCGCUUCGCCCUACCAACUCUCCUUCUCCGACCCUCUCAACGACUGUCUCCUCCCCGCCAUCAACGGCACCAUCGAACUUCUCUUUUCUCUCCAGAAAUACGCCUCCUCUUCCCUGCUCCGCGUCAUUUACACCUCCAGCAGCGCCGCCAUCUUGAACCCGCCCAACCACCGCGAGUCAUACGACGAAUCCUCCUGGCCCGACGAUGAGACGCUGAACUGGGAAAUGGCCACGGACCCUAACGCGCCAGGCGACACCACCUACCGCGCCUCGAAAAAGUAUGCGGAGAUGGCGGCGUGGGAGUUCAUGGAGGAAAAUGAGCUAUCCUGGGAUCUGGCGACGAUUUGUAAUACGUACACAUUCGGGCCGUUGCCGAGGAGUCUUGAUGUUAGCAAUGGACAAAAGGUCAAUACGUCUAACAAGCGAAUCUUGGAUUGCUUGCAGGGUAAAUGGGCCGAGAAAAUCCCGCCAACAGCACCGGUGUUCACGUUCGUGGACGUUCGCGACGUGGCGGUUGCGCAUGUGCGAGCGAUGGUCAGGCCGGAGGCAGGAGGGAAGCGGUUCUAUGUCGUUGGAGGGACCUUUAGUAACCCGCUUAUUGCGGCCAUCGUGCAUUCGGCGUCUUUAAGCCCGGAGUUACAAGGCAGGCCCUACAAGUAUUCGGGGUACUGUAAGCGUUGUUUGACGUUGGAUGAUUACCCGAACAGGCAUUGGCGGUUUGACAACUGGAGAAGCAAGAGAGUGCUGGGAAUGGAGUAUAGAGACAUCAAUCAGAGCGUGGCUGAUACAGUUCUGAGCUUAAGGAAGAUGGGAAUCGUCGGGGAGAAGUAUCCGGUGAUUGCUGGACAUCGUGCGCCGGCGGAUAAGACGUUGCCGAACUAGAGCUGUCUUUCAUCUGUCUGUGUAAUAUCAUCGCGUCGAGGACCAAGUUAGGGUAUUAAGGUAG